AUGGCUCCUUCGGAUUUCAACUUCAAGAAUCACCACGAUGGAAUUCAUCAUUGCCAGAUUAACCGACCGAUUACACCUUCUCCAUACUCUUUCCCAGACAAUCAGGAUCUUCACACCGAUGUACCAUACAUUGAGAUGGAGCCCUUGGAUCAGAUGAUCUACGACCUUGAGGUCGAGCGGCGCUCACAGCUAGCCGCAGCAUUGGAAGAAGAUAACGAGGAGGAGUAUUUCCGAAGCUACAAUCCCGAUACCGAUCUGGACCCAUUGGAUAAGGCAAUUUUAGAUCUUGAAGCUGACCAGGAAUCGCAUCUAGCAAUGAACAAAACAGAAGAGGAUAUCGUGAGUGCUGAGUUCUACCGCCGACAGUGGCUAACAAAUGAAGAUAAGAAAAUCCACCAUUACAAUUGGUUCGGCACGGCUAUAUACCACACCAGCUCGACUCCUCCUGAGCAGUCUCUCGCAAUCAUCAUGUCCAAGCCCAAAGCCACAUCUUCCGAUUCUAAUCUUAGGAUAAAUACAGUCCUGAAUCAAGCAUACCUGUAUCUUGACCCCGUUAUCAUUCAUUUUGAUGUUCCGAACGGCUCCAUCCUCAUUAACCAGCUUCUGCAACGCGAUAACCUCAACGAGACUAUGAAAGGCCAUGUUGUUAAGUAUUACACACCCCACGGUCUGUGGAUGUCAGAGUCGCUGGCGACUAAUGACAGAAUUGAAGUUGAUGAUGGCAUUUUCGCUAACUACAUCGUAAACUACGCAGCAGGAAAUGGAUUCAUUUCACAGAGCUACAUUACCUCAUGGAAGCAGUGGAAAUCUAACUAUAAUAAGGUCCGCGCCACAGAAAGAAAGACAACACGAGCCCGCAGGAAUAGAAUGGCAGGCCCAAGGCUGUCCCCACUGCGUCAAGUCAUGACGGCCGAAGCGGAAGAUAGGGCUGAGGUGGAAGACGCUCCCAGCCUCCACUCGGAUAAUAGCAGCAUGAUUGUCAACAGAUAUUCAUGGCCGACAAACACUGCUCAUAGACACUGGGUCAUUAGAAAUGACCGGCUCACACGAGGUGAUAUUGAUUGGCUUGAAGCCGCGGAUCCAAAUUCAUAUUAUUCAUUGCCGUUUCCGGAGCCCAUGAGACGUGGUCACGGUGUCGGGGGUACACUCCGGAGGGCGUCGAAGUCUGCACUAUCUUAUCUCAUGUGUGGAAUUAGAUAG